CACACACACACACACACAGCCCGGCGCCUUGGCUAACAUGGUCUGACGCGCCUUCUCGGAGCUCCAUCUAAACGAUGACCAUCGCAUGGAUCGCGCUGUGGCUGUUCAGUUGGCUUAAGCAAGCGGACCCCGUGUGCUCCCCGACCAGCUACUACAGGAACUGCUGGAUCCGCCGCUUUCCCGGGCUCUACAUCGCCGUGGAGGAGUCAGAGCGCAGAGGAGCCGCUCUGCUGCAGCUCUAUCAGGAGGAGAGCGCGCUCCAGUGCAGCCGCGCCUGCUGCCUCGCCGCCAACUUCUCCUGUAACCUGGCUGUGUAUCAUUACAACACCACUCAGGACAGUGCCAACUGCUUUCACCUCCACUGCCCAACACUGGAAAGCUGCAUCCUCCGCCAAAGAGGCAAUGUCAUCCUCUACAAUGUUACUAAAGGUGUGGAUCCUGACCUGCUGGUGUUUGGGAAACACUUUACCUCUAAUUACCAAGUGCUGCCUAACCAUGCCUCAUCCAGGGUCAACAUAUCUGAACCUUUUGCAUCUGACAAGCGUCAGUUCAACCGGCCUCACAUGGUACCAAGCAGCUCUACUCACCCUGCCACUCCUGCCACCAGCACAAGUACAUCUACCAUCUCACCUACAUCUGAAGUGCCUGUCUCUACUACUCCUGUCUCCAUCGAUUAUACCCACAACAUCCCUCCUGUGCCUUCCAUUCGGAGAUCCACCCUAAGGAGCCCCACUUCACCCAGCAAUCCAGUCAACCAAGCAACUCAAGGUAUUGACAAUCACUCACCAAACCCUACUACUACUACCACUUCCACCAAAUGGGCAUCCACAGCUCCACAGAGUACAUUGCAACCUUCAUCUGUGUUCUACACAUCUCAGAAAAGCGUGACUUUACCUUCCCAGCCUCCUACCACUGCCACAACAGUUUCACCAUUCUCCAAUCAUCCCACACCAGGCUCAACAAACGAGCCUAUGACCACCACACGGGCAUCCACGACAGCACCUCCAAGCAGUCAAAACACGGUGACAUCUACAACAGAAUUUGCAACCAGUCAAACCACAAUGGCAUCUGCCAAGAGUCAAACUGCAUGGGUAUCCACAACAGCAUCGACAGCCACUCAAACCACAUGGGCAUCCACAACAGCAUCUACAGCCACUCAAACCACAUGGACAUCCACAACAGCAUCUACAGCCACUCAAACCACAUGGGCAUCCACAACAGCAUCUACAGCCACGCAAAACACAUGGGCAUCCACAACAGCAUCUAUAACCAGUCACGCCUCAUCUACCACCUUCAUUACCCUGACUUCAUCUAACAGUAAAGCACUCAAUAGCAAACCUACCACAACAAUCCCACUCAUCAGUACUCAACAAAACACUACUGAUAAGACCUCAGUCCACAGUACACUUGCUCCAGUCCAGCUAAGCUCUACAAAUGCAGCCUCAGCACUGACCCCUCUUACUACGCUCAAAAGCACAACUGUACAACCACAGAUGGCUUCAAGCCAUACAACCAUAUAUUGGCCUUAUCUUCAGCCUACAAACACUACAUAUUCAAACCCUGCAGUAGCAGGAGGUAAUACUCAGUCCCCACCAACAGAUGGCCAACUGGAUACCUCCACCAAUAUAACUACCAGUUCCAAUGGAAUUGAGCAUUCCACAACCUCUUCUGGUCCAACAACCUCAACUACACCAUCCUCAUCUCCAGCAGCUUCAGUCACCACCUCUCUGACUCCCCCUACCAGCAUGGAGGACAGCCAGCCAUACCCCAACGACACAAAAGGAUACAUAAGCCGGAACAUUACAACAGGUGACAACUCGUGGCCUGGAGGUGACGGAGGCUCAACACCAGUGUGGCAUUUGGCAGCUAACACUGUCCUGGUUGCCUUGGCAACUUGUGCAACCAUAGCGUUUGGUUGUUGCUGUUCAGUGCUUAUGGCUGUGAGUUGGAGGGGUAGGAGGAGGAGGAAGGGGAGAUACCGGACUACUCUGAGAGGCAAGAGUGGCUCAAUGAGACUUAUCAAGUACGUCAUUGUGAGAGAGAGCUCGUAAGACUGCAAGAACUCUUCUAAGGUGUUCUAAGGUGUUUUUUGUUGUAGGAGCUGCUAAUAAAUGUCCCUUUUGUACAUCCCAGUCACAAUUCACUCUGACAAAAGUUGGGAAAAUACCCUCGCAUGAUCAUCAUCAUAGUUAUGUUCCACAGAAGGAUGAAGAUUUCUCUACUGCUUUUGACUGUUUAAUUUGCAGAAAUUGGCAAUCCUUAUAUUAAUGUGUGAGACUAAGAAGGAGCUGUGUGGACCUGAAGACUCUAAUAUCCUGCUCCAAAUGAACUUGCUAAGGGCAGUAUUGUGACCAGAUUCAGUGGAUAACCCUCUUCUCCAUACAUUUAUAACAUUUAAGGAUCAACAUCUAUCAUUUCUAACAGAGGUGCAGUCAUUAACCAUAGUGGUCCAUUGUGAUGAGAGCUAACACUUUUGGACAGUCAUGAAUGUACCUGAAAAAGAUUAUUUUUUAGAAGAUCUUUCAUAUGUAAUCUUAAUCUUUAUAUUAAAACAACUCUGUUCCUAUCUACUAAAUAGAGUUCAGGUAAAUAACUGAGUGGAUCUUUCACAACAUGCUCUGAAUACAAAUGAUGGUUUGGUCAUUAGCUGAAACAGGUGCACUGGACAGAUGUCAGCAUUCCUGUGCUUGGUUUCAGGUGCUUUCUGAGAUUAUGUUCUUAUGUUUUAUUUUGUCCACACAUAGAUGUGUCAUUCUGUUCCUGGAAGGCCCACACCCACAUAAAAAAGUAAUACUGAACUCUGCAAGGAAACUCAGCCAGCAGAGUAAACGUUAAGUAGUAUUAUGGGCGCUUCCAAGCAAGACAGCCAACAAGCUCAGUUUUGUUCUUUAAAGGCAGUUGGUCCCUAAGUGCUUGGAGUUGUUAAAAGAGUGGUACUGCCACCUGGGCUUGGACUAGUUUUUCUCCCCAUGCCCAAAUGGAAGAAGCCGGAACUCUUUCGAAUGUCUCGGAUUACUCUUUUCCCAUAACCAGAAGAUCAGAGUGGAACCUAAUGGAGCAACAGGGUAUAUUUACCAGACUCUGCUUGAAAGCAUCCUUUGAGUAGGGUGUCUGUAAUGGUACGGAAUUUGCUUUUAAGGAGAAUGGUACGUUUUAGGCUAGGAAGAGUUGACCGAUUCACAUUCAUGUGUCAGAAAGAGAACUGCCAAGCUACAGCAGGAAAUAACUUUGAACUGCCCUAAUUUCACAACUCGGGUAAGCAGGCAGCAAAUAUGGUUUGUGAACACCAGACAAUUUAAUUUGCCAUUGAUACAUAUAAAUACAUAUAAAAAAUCAGAACAGGACCACCAAUUAACUUUAACCACCAAUUAAGCAUUUACUUCCAGUACUUGACGCUGUAUAUUUGAUGCUUAAGGAAAAUAUGACAUCGUUAUCAAUGGUUAGCCAAUAGAGAAGCACCUGUGCACCUUAGUCCUUAGAAACGGAAUCUUUACAGGUAAAUAUUCUCAUAUACAGAAUGUUUAAGCACAUGGUAAA